CGCGUGUGUGAGGUAGGUAAAAGCUGGAGACCAAUUUAUUUGGUUUCUAAAGGUUGAACGGACCAAAUAAAAUCAUCCUCUUGCGUGUGUCAAUUGAUCUCAGCUUUGUCUUCAACUUCAAUCGAUCUUCUGCUUCUUAUCAGAAUCAUCUUCAACUUCAAUCAUCUUCACCUCAUAACAAAAUCGGCGUCGAUUGAUGUUCAUCUUCAAUCCGGAUCGAUCCUUGUGUCGCCUCUUAUCAGAAUCGAUUUUCACCUCAUAUCAGAAUCGAUCUUUGUACUGAUCUUCAGCUUCAAUCGACCUUCACCUUUUAGAAUCGAUCGAUCUCUUUAUAGGACUCCGUUUGAUCACUUGAUGUACGACAUCGAGGGCAAUCACCUCACAUCCACCGCCAUCCUCGGCCACGACGGCAGUGUCUGAGCUCAGAGCGCUUCUUUCCCCUAGAUAUUUUCAAGCCGGAUGCACAGUUCUUGGAGAAUGAGAAGCGCUAUGAAGAAGUGAAAAAGACCACACUUGGUGAAGGGUCCAAGGAUGAUGCUGAUGUAGAUUCAGAUGCAGGCUCAGAUGAUGAGGAUGAUGAAGAAUCUGAUGAAGAGGAUGAAGAGAAGAUGGAAAUAAAAGAUGAGACAGGGACAAAUCCUGUAAACCUUCGGAGGACAAUUUAUCUAACAAUUAUGUCUAGCGUUGAUUUUGAGGAAGCUGGCCACAAACUAUUGAAAAUUAAACUAGAGCCAGGUCAGGAG